AUGAGCCAUGAAAAUAUUUUUGUGGAAAAUGGCCAUGUGGUCGAAAACCGAGAUGAUCAAGUGGAGUUGAUGUUUAGCCAUGAAAAUAUUUUUGUGGAAAAUGGCCAUGUGGUCGAACACCGAGAUGAUCAAGUGGAGUUGAUGUUUAGCCAUGAAAAUAUUUUUGUGGAAAAUGGCCAUGUGGUCGAACACCGAGAUGAUCAAGUGGAGUUGAUGUUUAGCCAUGAAAAUAUUUUUGUGGAAAAUGGCCAUGUGGUCGAACACCGAGAUGAUCAAGUGGAGUUGAUGUUUAGCCAUGAAAAUAUUUUUGUGGAAAAUGGCCAUGUGGCUGAAAACCGAGAUGAUCAAGUGGAGUUGAUGAAGUGGCGUAAAUGUAAGGUGCUUCGAGCUACAACACCAACACAAUCAUUCCAAACAUCGAGGCUCCUUGUAGAAAUCUUUGAUGGAUUUUGUCAGGGCUCUUUUGAUAUGAGAAAUUUUGUAAAUGCAUUAUGGCAAUUUUUUCCCGUUGAAACAAGUUUGUUGCAACAGCUUAUCGAUGGAGCGUAA